UUUGUACUAGGAAAAGCCAACUCGAAUGAUGGUUUGGUGGUGUUGGGAUUACACAGGGGAAGAAGAAGGAAUUGGGCAUUUAUAUAGCACUUACACUGUGCUGGUCUGGGUCAAGAAAUUUACAAAUAGUAUCUUAUUUGAUCUUUGCAACAACCUUGCAACAUAGAUGUUGCUAUUAUCCCCAUUUUACAGUUAAGGGAACUGAGGCAAAUAGCAUUUAAGUAACUUGCCCAAGGUUACACAACUAGGAAGUCUCUAAGGCCAGAUUUGAACCCAGAGCCUACUUUCUCUCUGACUCACAUUCCAGUGAGCCGCAGCUGCUUCUGCUUGAUCCAUCAAAAAAAGUGCAUUCAUUAAUUGGCCAAUUUAUGUGGAGAUUAGUUAACAAUUCUUGGUCAUUGAUAUUGAGACUGAGCUGCGAGAAUGACUCAAAUGAUCUGUGAAUAUAAUGAAAUACUGUUAUGCUGCAAGAAAGGAUGAAAAGGCUAUGGUGGAGAAACCAGGGAAUACGUGUCCAGUGAGCAGAACCAGCAGGAGAAUAAGUGUAGUGACAACGGUAUUGUCACGGUUUAAGAAUUUAUUGGUGUGAUGACCCAUCCCUUAGCUCGAGGAAUGCCCAGAUGAAGGGGUCUCACCACCUCGGGCCCUUCCACCUUUGUGGGGGACGAUGAACUUAGAAAACCGGUUCCGGCUCUGCCAGCUGCUCUCCGCCAAGUCUAAGUGGAUCCAUUCAACCCACUUGUGGAAUGACUGAAUAAAAAGAAGAUCCAGGAAGGUCCAUUUGGGGAUGGAUGUGAACAGAGCCUGCCUUCUCUUCCUACCACUUCACAUGCUGGGGUGCCCCAAGGGAGCUUCAGAACCAAGAAAGUAAAUUAGUAACUCCUGAGGUCAGGCCUCUUAGAUUCUAAAAGGAGACCAAAUGGAUCACCAGCUCGCUGCUGCCAUUCCUCAAGCUGAUGCACAGAUGUUGGUGCUCGUGUGACUCGCCACAGUUGAGGAGAAGCGCAUGUUCUAUAGCAUCGGAUUGAGUUGUCUUCUAUGUGGAAUCACCCUGGAGAAGGCCAGCUGCCAUGUUACUCGCGUGUGACCUAGUGGCUGUUCUGGUGUAGCUUUUCUAGCUACUAGCUUCUCUAGUGUCACCUACCCCCAACUCUCCCCUGUGACUCCGUAGUGACCACACUGUGGUCAAACAUCUUGGCACAUGAGCUAACCCAAGCUGAGGGUAACCAAGAGGCCUCAAACCCGUGGCAAAGCUGGGGGUAUGUGAAGUCUGCUCCUGGUAGAGGGGACCUUCCCGGGGCCACAGAGGUAGCUGAAGCAGGCUCUGUGGAGAUCUUGGAGCUUGGUUGGACGUGGAAGACACCAAGGCCCUCUACUGCAUCUCAGUCCAUCAUCGGUCAUCCUCACUUUUGUCUCGACCCUGGACUUGGAUGACUGGAGGAGAGAAGGAGGCUGAUGACGUUGUGCCGCUUCUGCCUCCCUUAAAUCCAACUCGUGAGCAAAUCAAGGCAUCCUCCUCGCAAUGUCCUAGACCUCUUAGGAAACAAAGGACAAGGAAGAAUGCAAGAUGGCUCCUCAUCCUGUGUCCUUUUGGGCUUCGGAAGGGAUGGGAGCAGAAUGACGUCAAGAAAGUGCUAAGGAUCAGGCCAUUUUGGAACAAAGGUCACUGGACUGUUGGCACUCUAAAUGGGAGAUCUUCGCCCAAGAGUGAAUGAGGGUGAAUCAUGCAGACAAGCAGGCUGACGUGUGGAAAUGGGAUGAGCCGUGUGCUGUUUGGGCUGGAAGGAAGCUCCGAGAGACCCUCCGGAUGCUGGGGGAAACGUUCUUCUGCCGCAAGCUGGGGAAGACAUUUCCCUUUUUGUCUGGACAUCUACAGGUCCCAUAGCCUUAGCUUUGGGGGUCUUCCAAAGGCUAGACCCUCCCCUGCCCCAGAGCUGACCAACAAUGAGCAACAUCCAAAACCUCCUGCUCGACUCCCUCCUGGGCACAAAGCAUGUGGACAGUGCUGCCAUCAUCAAGAUUCAUGAGCGUACUGUCUUAGUGUGCUCGCCAGGGUUUAAUAUCUCACCCAAUGAUGUCCGGGUGCUCAUCAAUGCAUUCUCCAAGAACCCUCAGCAAGUGCGAAGGGAUGGACUGUACUUCCGGGAGAAGGAUCAUGUGUGUGUCCGAGCCGAUGAGCGCUCCCUUUAUGCCAAGCAGAAUAACUCAGGGCUUGUGGUCGUUCAAACCAAUCUCUACCUCGUAGUGGCCACCUAUCGGGAGGACAUGUAUGCCAGCGUAUGUGUGGAGGCUGUCGAGAAGCUGGGUGACUACUUAAGGAAAAAGGGCAGCUAAUCCCCGAGAAGACGGAACGCCUCAAGUGUCCUAAGCGGAAACACCAGAGGGGAAGGGUUGGGGUCAGGGAGAGCAGGCUUGGGCAGGGUCCUCAGGAGGGCCAGGAGGGUUGGGGUUGGCUUGGCUUGUCCAGGCUCGGGCUGGGGUCGGUCAGGAGCCGGGUGGGUGUCCGGGGCGAAGGGUAGGGUUGUGCUGUCGGCAGCGGACUGUCCAGGGGCAGGGGCGGGGCGGACAUCCAAGGCUGGCGCGAGGCCCGUGGCAGGGGCAGCAGGCCUCGGCCGCAGGGAGUCGGAGGAGCCUCUCACUCAGCUUGGAGCCCCCGUGAUUCCUGAGCAAAAGGCCUUUGGGCCCGGCAUGGCUGGCCUCAAGCACGCGGGGCACUCUGGAGCUCGCGGGCAGCUCCCGCUGUUGGCCAGAGCGCUUCCUCCUGGCCCUACGGGCAAGGGCCGUGCAGCGGCCAGUACAGGCUGUCGACGACGAUGAACGCGCUAGGAAGGGGGACUCGGGCACCCAGACGCAGCGGAUCCACCGAGCGCCUCCAGGAGCCACGUGCCGGAACCAGAGGGCAGCCCGGAGGCCCUCAAGCCAGCAGCUGCCGUUUGGCCUUGUCUACACUUGGGAGGAUGGGAAGCUACGUUGCCAUCGAGUCCUUCCCGUGUUCCAGAUCUCCAGUUCAGGCUACUAAGCGCCCUGCUCCCACGGCCCUCCAGAGGACAUGUCACCCCCCUUCUCCCCAUCCUCAUCACCGGGUCCCUCCAGUGACUUCUCUAUUCUUGUCCCUAGGAAAAGCCAGGACUUGGCAGCUUCCCGGUGAGGACGGUCUAGGUCUGCAUCGAGGCUCCUGGGUCCUGGGUCCGUUCAAAGUCAAAUAAACCUCUGCACCACC